AAGUAACAUUAACUCCAUUUUUUCUUGCAUUUACUCAACUUCACCAAAUCGUAGAGAAGUUGGAGAAAUAAAUGAUCAGAAACACACAUCAAUCGCAACCAAGCGGUCAAUAAAAUACUAAAUAGACAAAGAAGAAGUAGCUCCAGCUCCUCCGCCUUGGAUUAUUUUUACACCGGAGAAGCAAAAAAGAAAAGAAGAUGGACAUGAAAGAAGUGCCUCCACCUCCUCCACCUUCUGGAUUCAAACGAUAUAAGAAAAAAAGAAGCAAAAAGAUGGACAACAAAGAAGUGCCUCCACCUCCUCCUCCUCCUCCUCCACCUGUUCUGCCUCAUAUCCGAUCAAGAAAAAAGAUGGACAUCAAAGAAGUGCAUCUACCUCUUCCACGUCACUAUCCUCCUCCUCCUCCGCCUCUUCCGCCUCCUCCGCCUUAUGGAUUCAGACGACAUCAUAACCAAAGCGGCAACGAGCUUGAGAAACGAAUAGCACGUCUAGGCUUUCCAACUCUUCGCCCUUUUCAAUCCAAACGAUAUGAUAACCAAACCCUUCCAAACCCAAGAUGUCCUCUGUCUAAUCCAACCUACCCCCACACACUCAAUCCUAAGUUCAGCGUAAACACUACAAAUGGUUGUUUUACAUGCGGUGAAAACACAUCCCCCUGGAUUGACCACCAUAAUGUCCAUUUCUUCUGCAAGAGGUGCCAUGUCGAGUUCCACUUUGGUUGCCACACGUACCCUAGUGAGUUAACACAUCCUUAUCACCUCCAACACCCUCUUAUUUUCACAUUUCAUAACUAUCAAACUGGGGUCAUAUCAGACGCCAGGAUAGAUGAAUCCUUUUGCACUACAGUUUUGUCUGGCUCCGAUCCUAAGAAGUCUGGCUCUAUAGAUAAAUGUUCAUGGUGUGGAAAAAAUAUCCAAGGGAAUUGGUUCUAUCGUUGUUCUAUAUGCAAAUUUUGUUUGGAUCUCUCUUGCUCCCAAACUGAUCCACCUCUGCUCGUUGCAAACCCAAAGAGUCAUCACCAUUCACUCGUAUUCUAUGCUCGACCACUCUUGACUCCGUGUGAUGCUUGUGGGUCGGUCAAUGUGUUGGAUCCAAGUUAUGCUUGCUUUCAAUGUAACUACAUGGUCCAUCAAAGUUGCAUCGACUUACCACGAGUCAUAAAGAUCACUCGUCACCAGCAUCGUCUUUUUCAUACUCCUUACCUCCAUUCCACGAUUCCACCAUGUCGGAUCUGCUACAAACCAGUUGACAUCAAGUACGGUCAGUAUUCUUGCAAACACGAGGAUUUCUCUUACGUUGUCCAUUCCAAAUGUGCAACACAUGAGAAUGUAUGGGAUGGGAAAGAACUCGAAGAGGAACCAGAAGAACCCGACAACAUUGAAGAUAUCGUCCCAUUUGAGAAGGUUAGUAAUGAUAUGAUCAAGCAUUUCUCUCAUGAACAUCAUCUUCUGAAGCUAGAAAAGUAUGACCGUGUUCGAGAUGCAGAGAAGCAAUGCCAAGCAUGCAUCCUUCCUAUCAACUCUCACGACUUCUUCUAUAACUGCAUGGAAUGUGAUUUUUUCCUCCACGAGGUAUGUGCUGGUCUACUUAGAAAAUUGGAUCAUGCGUUGCACGUUCACCCUCUUGUCCUAGACCCUUCUCCUCAACGACACUAUAAUCAAAAUGGUUGUUUGGGUUGUUCGAGAAAAUCUACUGGUUUCAGGUACAAGUGCUCCAUAGAGAAAUGUGUGCUUCUCGAUAACGUUCAGAUAGAUGUUAGAUGUAUCUUAGUUCCAGAUUUUUUCACCCAUACAGCUCAUGAACAUCCCCUAUUUAUAUCCACAUCCGAGAAAGGGAAAAGUAAGAUUUGUUGCGAGGCUUGCAAGGAGAUAUGUCUUGUGUCCUACCUACAGUGUUCUGAAUGCAAAUUUGCUAUGUGUUAUCAGUGCGCUACCAUUCCAAACGAAGUCUACUACAAAUACGACAAGCAUUUUCUCUCCCUUUGCUACGGAGAAGUAGUGUUUGGUACGUAUUGGUGUGAAGUAUGUGAGAAAGAGGUAGAUCCAAGGGAUUGGUUUUACGCAUGCAACAAAUGUUGUAUCACUGUCCAUCUUCAAUGUGUAUUCGGAUCCUCUGGUUAUGUGAAGCCUGGUUUCACAUUAUAUCAUUACUUCACAAAAAUGGAAGUUUUAAGCAACAGUAAGAGCACUCGACCGUUUUGCACUGAAUGUGGUCAACGUUGUCCAAGUUCCGUCUACUACAAACUUGGUUGGUUGGGAACUAGUACUUUUUGUUCGUUGAAUUGCUUAACGUCAAAAGAAAAAUUGAUGGUGUUGUCAACAUGAUGAGUUUUUUUUUAAUGUGUUAUUGGAAUUUUUUUUUUUUAAUAAUGUUUUUCAGAGAUUUGUGUAGUUAUUAUUUAGAUCCAGAGAGUUUUUCAGAGAUUAUUGGAUUUUAAUGUGUUAUUGGAUUUUUUGUUUUUAAUGAUGUGCAACAAAGAGAGUUU